AUAUAUCCGUGACCGUUGUCUCUGCUAUAUUACUUAUAACAAUCGUUGCACUCACUGUCUGGUUCUUAACUCAAUCUAAGGUCAAGGCCGAAAACAUGACAACCAUUUCCUACAAUCCAGCUUAUGCCGCUAUCUGUGGUAUAUAUUAUGCAGAUGAAUGGGAAUUAGCCAGGGAUCAGGUUGAAUUUGUGAAGGCAAUUGGUAAAGGAACAUUUGGUAUGGUGUGGGAAGGUGUACUAAAUGAUGAACUUGAUCAAAGUAAUAAAACAAGAGUAGCUAUAAAAGUUAUGAAUGGAAAUGUAAGUUGGUAUGAUAGACGAAACUUUCUAAAAGAGGCCUCUAUAAUGAAAGCCUUUAAUUGUCAUCAUGUAGUAAAACUCUUGGGUGUUGUAUCAAAAGGACAACCAGCUCUAGUUAUAAUGGAAUUAAUGGUCAAUGGAGAUUUACAGAAGUUUUUACGUCUUCACAGACCGGAUGCUGAGGGAGAGAAUUGCUUACCACCACCAACUUUAAUGGAAAUUUUACAGAUAAUAGGACAAAUAGCUGAUGGAAUGGCCUAUUUAACGGAUAAAAAGUUAGUUCACAGAGAUCUAGCUGCCAGAAAUUGUAUGGUGGCACAAGAUAAUUCGGUGAAAAUAGGGGAUUUUGGUAUGACCCGAGAAAUAUAUAAAACUGAUUAUUAUAGAAUUGGUGGGAAAAGUCUUUUACCAGUUCGUUGGAUGGCACCAGAAUCAUUAAAAGAUGGUAUAUAUACCAAUAUGUCUGAUGUCUGGUAA